AAACAAAACAGCCGCAGAUAUCAGAUAUGAGACAUUAUCAGCUGUUAUCUGUUUGUAGAUAUCACUCAUAACCAUGAAAAACACAAUCGUCUGUUCCGGACUACCGACAGUCUCCUGAGGUGUGCGCUGGCGCGAGCUAUGCGCGGUCACCUGACUGAGUGACAUCACGCAGGUGUCAAAACCGUCUGUUUUGACACCGCGUUGAACCAGCGACAAAGAGAAGCAGGACUUGGACCGCACCCGCAUUCAUAUUAUCUCUACCGUCUGUCUUCGGUCAUGACUGUUAGGACACGAUGGCUUCAGCCGUUUCUGGUUGUGUGCUGGCUGCAGACCUGCCUGUCGCAGAAAGAGGACAGAGGCUUCACUGGCACCGAGACCACAGAUGGGGUGUGGGUCACCCCUCAAGCCACAAAGGUCCUGACCAGUGGUCUCACAACCGUCUUCAUCCCCAUCAUCUACAUCAUUGUGUUUGCUGUGGGGCUGCCCACCAACGCGAUGGCCAUCUGGGUAUUCCUCUUCAGGACCAAGAAGAAGCACCCGUCAUCGAUCUACAUGGCCAACCUGGCUCUGGCUGACCUGCUCUUUGUCAUCUGGGUCCCCUUGAAAAUAGCGUACCACUUCAACGGCAACGACUGGAUCUACGGAGAGGGGCUGUGCAAAGUGCUGGUGGCGUUUUUCUACGGCAACAUGUACUGCUCCAUCUGCUUCAUCGCCUGUAUAAGUGUUCAGCGUUACUGGGCUGUGGUCCACCCGCUGUCCCGGCAGCAGAGGAGCAACUGUGUGGCUGUGUCCGUCUCCGUCACAGUCUGGGUGGUGGUCUGGCUCAUCACCGUCCCUCUCUACCUGUACGAUCAAACGGUCCGUAUAACCAACCUCAACAUCGUCACCUGCCAUGACGUCACCAGGCCCAGUCAGAGGAAGACAGCAGCAGGCUACUUCCUGACAAUGGGAACCCUGGGAUUUGUUGCUCCCACCGUCGUGUGCAUCAUAUCCUACAUCCUCAUGCUGAAGGCGCUCAGGAACAGCAUGUCGGAUGCCACCAUUGCACUGAAGCGACGGAAGGCGGUGGUCCUGAUCAUCACCGUGUUGGUCAUGUUCUUAGUCUGCUUCACCCCCAGUAACAUCAUGUUGCUGGUGCACUACAUCCUCCUGCUGGGUGAAGCUCCCAACAACCUGUACGGAUUCUACAUCAUCACCCUGUGCUUGGCGAGUCUCAACAGCUGUUUCGACCCUUUUGUUUACUACUUCAUCUCGGAGGAUUUCAGGGAGCACGUGAAGAACACGUUCCUCUGCAGGAGCGAGAGGACAGUGGAGAGGAUGAGGGUCUCGUUCAGCGCUCUGAAAUUCUCAAAGAAGAGCAACAUGUACACGUCUGAGUCAGGGAACACGCAGAGCACCGGGUGCUCGUGAAUCAGGUUUUUAAGCUUGUUUCUGAUCAUUUAACUAAAAUAAAAUGGAUUUUUUUUUUUAUUCCACUAUGACUCCCUCCAUCUGUGAGGAAACUUAGACUCAUCUGUGGUAAUUACCUCCCAGGAGGUUUGAGCUGUCACAGAUACUGUUUUUUUUUUUUUUUCAAAAUUUGUAAAUAAAUAUUAUUUUUAUAUCUUUAAUAAUACAACUUCUUUUUUUUUUUUUAAUUUAAUGCACUUUUCUUGAUGCAGUUUUAUUUGAUGUCAUUGGGACAUGAUUGAUCGCCUUUAAUCAUUCUUCAUGUGUCUAAUCUUUGCUGUGAAGCUCGGAUUUCUGACGUGGACGGAGGCUUUGAGACCCAGACCUCAUGUGGGCAACAUUUAACAUGUUGUAUGAUACAAGUACUUUACAAUAUGUAUAUAUCUUGUAUGUGUUUUUAAAGUAAUAUUUUUCUCUUUUAUAUCUACAUUUUACCGUUUGCCAAUAAAACUCACUGUCCUUAC